UAAGUCACAAUUAAAUGUUUUAAUCCAGUGGACGGAAAGAUGUUGCAAAUAACGCAUAUUAUCCUUAUAGUUUUAGCAACUAAUUUGAUUGGUGCAAAAUAUAUUCCAGACUAUGGUCAAGAAGUGAUAAAUGAAAUCGAUCCUCGUUGGGAAUCGCAGUGGCUUGCACAGCCGGGCCAGUUCCCGCACCAUGUGACGCUACGCAUUAUCACGCGGUACGGCUGGCCGAGACUCUGCAGUGGCGCCCUCAUCGAUCGCAGCUGGGUGCUCACUGCCGCGCAUUGUGUUGCUGAUGCUGUGAGCGCCACAGUUCGCAUCGGCGGCAUCAUAGGAAGCACCGGCGAAUAUGUCGCGGAAACACGGGAGUUCCACAUCCACGAAUUGUACAAUACGAUGUUCCCCACCGCGCAGCCCAACAACCUCGCACUAUUGAGACUUAGCCCUGAGGUCGCUUUAUCAAAAAACGUGCAAGCGAUUGCCAUCCAGGCAUCAUCUGACGCUAACAUGGAAUUUAGCGAUGUUAUGGUAAAAGUCAGCGGCUACAGAAGGAGAGUACCUACUGGGCCAAUUGAGAGAUUGCAUUGGUUAUACCUAAACGGCAUCACAAAUGACAUAUGCCAGCGGAUAUACGGCACUCUCGUCAACAAUGCAACGCUGUGUGCGAGCCAGGACGCUGUCACCAUGAGCUCUCAUUGCCUUGAUGACGAAGGCGCACCUCUAGUUUAUGAGAGCAGAAAUAACGCCACCGUAUUAGUUGGUAUCACCUCAUUCCUCGGUGUAGGACCCUGGCCUUGCGGAGGUGGUAUGCCUGCAGGUUUCGUGCGUGUUGGAGCCUACCACGAAUGGUUGACAAAAAUCACUGGAAUUACCUUUGAUGUCGUAGAGGAAACCACUACAACCACCACGACAACUACAACUCCAACCCCGACAACUACAACAACAACUGUCGCUCCAACCACUACUACUACCUCAGCACCAACAACUAUAACGACGGAGACAACGAAUGCUACUGUCACUGACGCUCCAACUACAGUAUCAUCAACCAAUGCUCCCAUAACGACUACUACAACUGUUGCUCCCAACACAACUACUACCGAAUCUUUUAACACAACAGUUACUGAUGCUCCAACCACUACCAGUACAACACCCGUUCCAACUAAUACUACCACUAGUGCUCCGAUAACGACCACUACGCCGGUUCCAACAAACACAACCACUGUUGCUCCGACAACUACCACUGUUUUCCCAACUAACACUACCACCAGUGCUCCAACAACUAAUGCUACUACACCCUUCCCAACUAAUACUACCACUAGUGCUCCGAUAACGACCACCACGCCUGUUCCAACAAACACUACUACUGUUGCUCCGACAACUACCACUGUUUUCCCAACUAAUACUACCACCAGUGCUCCAACAACUAAUGCUACUACACCCUUCCCAACUAACACUACCACUAGUGCUCCGAUAACGACCACUACGCCUGUUCCAACAAACACUACCACUGUUGCUCCGACAACUACCACUGUUUUCCCAACUAACACUACCACCAGUGCUCCAACAACUAAUGCUACUACACCUUUCCCAGCUAACACUACCACUAGUGCUCCGAUAACGACCACUACGCCUGUUCCAACAAACACUACUACUGUUGCUCCGACAACUACCACUGUUUUCCCAACUAACACUACCACCAGUGCUCCAACAACUAAUGCUACUACACCCUUCCCAACUAACACUACCACUAGUGCUCCGAUACUUACAACUACGCCUGUUCCAACAAACACUACCACUGUUGCUCCGACAACUACCACUGUUUACCCAACUAAUACUACCACCAGUGCUCCAACAACUAAUGCUACAACACCCUUCCCAACUAACACUACCACCAGUGCUCCAACAACUAACGCUACUACACCCUUCCCAACUAACACGACCACUCCACCGACAAUUACCACAACAACCGAAUAUCCCGGGAUUACAACAGUAGCACCCAACACAACAACUUCCGCUCCAACGAAUAUUACAACUUCAACUCCGCCUGUUAACAUCACUACUAUUGCGCCAAACACGACAACAACUGCUUUGCCUACAAUUACAACAAACCCUCCCACAAACGUUACAACUCCUUCACCACCGACAACAGAAGAACCCGAGUCAGACUCGUCUGAGUCAGAUGAAGAUUGGGAUUUAGACGAGGAUCCUGAACUAAACGAGCUACGCAAGAAGUUGGAAGUGAAGGUCAAAGUGAAGGUCGAGCUGUCGAAGAAUAAAAAGAAGUACACACACAAGCACGAACACAACCAUACGAUCACGAAUUAAUCUUUGUUAUCAUUACUACGAUAAUCUAAAUGUUUUUACAAUGCUGCCUUAUUAAGUGUGAAACGCAACCGACUCAUUU